CUGAAAUCUAUAAUAGGAGGUAGUUCAAUUUGUUGAUCCGACCUCCAACAAUUAUAAUUCAUUCUCAAAUAAAUCGAUCAUCACGAAAGUAAUGAAGUUUUCCUUGUUUUGACCUUAGGAAUAUGAUAAACUCAGAAACAAUACUUCUUGAUGCAUAGGGAGAUCUAUCGAUUGAGAAAUUCUCUUUCUCGAUCCGGCAACGUUACAUAUUCUGUCUCACUCUACUUCCGUUUUCUCUCUCUAACCAGCAGAGCUUUCUACCCCGAUUUUCCCAAUUCGUUCUCUUUCACUUUGGACUUCAAGGAGAUCUUGUAAGUCCACCUUGUAAGAAUAAAACUUUUUAUCUGACUUUUGAAGCUCAGCCAUUUUGUUGAAACAUCCUUGUUGAAGAUGUCUUAUUAUCAACAAAAUAGCACCGGCGGCAGCUAUCAGGCGCGUUCUGGAACUCAGAGCCGCUUCGGCGGUCAGCGCAACUUCCGCGACGGGGGUUCCCAGCAAAGGGGCAACGAUGGCAGCGGGUACCGCAGCAACUCCUACCAAGGUGGUAAUGGAGGCAGCGGGGGCUUCAGAAGCAGCAGCUAUGGCGGCAACUCUGGCUACGGUAACCAGGGUGGUCUCAAGAAAGUCGAAUGGGGCAACAAGAGUCUCAGACCGCACACCAAGCAUUUCUAUGUGCCCCAUGCCGCCAUAGUAGAGAGGUCAGAGUUUGAAGUUGAUCAGUAUCGCAAAUCGAAGGAGAUCGUCAUUGAGGGGGAUGCUCCCAAACCGAUCCAGAAUUUCGAUGAGGCCAACUUCCCUGAAUACAUCAUGGAGGAGAUCUUUAAACAGGGGUAAGUCAGAUUUUUAAUCCUACAGUGCUGAAUGUAACUGUUUUUCUAGUUCUUACAAUUUUUUCCUUAAUUCUUGUUCUUUAGGCCAGUUAUUAUAUUGAUCAACCUUCUCUAAGAUACUCAAACCAUUGCAGUUUUUAAUAGCCA